CACCACACCAUCUUCAAACUAUACACUUUGCUCAACUCAGAGACAGUCAUAGUAAUAGUAAUAUUAAUGAUAAUCAUGUCUUCCACCACCUUUAAAGUACUGACACUGAUCAUAUCAGUUUUCAGCAUCAUGCAGAUAUCUUCUGCUGGUGAUCCUGACAUCCUCACUGACUUCAUAGUCCCUCCCAACACCACUCUUGAUGGCAACUUCUUCACCUUCACAGGCUUCCGUUCCUUGUUUUCAUCGAGCACUCUCUCAGGUUUCAAAGUGCAGAAAGCAAGCAAAGCAGAAUUUCCUGCUCUUGAUGGACAAAGUGUCUCGUAUGCAGUGCUUGAAUUCCCUGGUGGGAGUGUGAACCCUCCACACACGCACCCUCGUUCUGCAGAGUUACUUUUCAACGUUCAGGGUUCCCUUCAAGUGGGGUUUGUGGACACAACCAAUAAGCUCUUCACUCAGACACUACAAACUGGAGACGUGUUUGUGUUCCCAAAGGGUCUGGUGCACUUCCAGUACAAUUCGGAUACGCAGAAGCCUGCAGUGGCCAUAUCUGCCUUUGGAAGUGCCAGUGCUGGGACUGUGUCCAUUCCCACCACUCUCUUUAACACCUCCAUUGAUGACAAUGUUUUGGCUUUGGCCUUCAAGACUGAUGUUGCCACCAUUCAAACUUUGAAGAAAGGCUUUGCUCCCUAAGAGUGAUGAUCAUGAUGAUGGCUAGAAUAAACUAAUUACCUCCUUUAGCUUCCACAUUGUGACAUUUUCUGCUUUGUUAUAGCAGCAGUGCUUGUAUUUUGCAGUUCUAUA